CCACCGCUACCCUUAUUUUCGUUUCAAUGUCAUAGGAACAGUUUCCCUUCUCUAAAUUGUAGUGUAUAGGUGUUCUGUGGGUAACUCUGUUCUGUGGGAGUAGCAGUGGUAGUAGUGUAUCGUGUUCUGUGGUGUACUACUGGUAUAUAGGUGUUCUGUGUGGGUACCGCCAUUCGAACAUGUCCGCGGUAGCGCACAACAGAGCUUUACUGUACCGUUUCCCUCUGAAAGUUAUGUCGACGUUUGUGUGACCGUACCGCCAUUCGGAUAUGUCCGCGGCAGCGCACCACUACCACUAUGGCGAUGGACGUGCAUCGAGCGCCGAAGUGUAUCUGCAUCGGCUCUCGGGCCAAGAAAAAGAGCCGCACAUAGUGAGCGUCGAUCACAGCUACGCAAAGGCGUGGAACGCCCACCCAGACUCGCAUCAUGCGAAACCAGCGAAGCUCCUCUUCAUGAAGGAUGUGUUUGUUUCCGAGGGCAGGAGCGGAGGCGAAAACGUGCUGGUCAACGUGGAAGCGUGGAAGGGCGCGCGCACGCGUCCGUACGAUGGAAGCAAGACGCGCAACCUGAUGAGCGAGUGCGAGCGCAGCGCGUCGCUUUCGUGCCGGCCGGACGCCUCGUGGGACUGUGCCGUGAAGCGGCUCGGCUGGACCGGUUCGCAGCAGCGGCUGUUCAACCAGGUGAUGCGGCUGCUGCACGCCGACCGCUUGGCCAGAUUGGCGUACUGCGACAACGCGAACGAGCCCGUUCUGCGGCGACUAGCGGUGGACCGCACGGCUCGCCGCUUGAGGCGCAUCGUGGCUAGCUGGGACCUGAAGCUGCUCCAGUGGCUGCAUCAGGUCCUGAUGGAGAAGGCCAGCGUCUCGUAUGUGGCGGCCUACUUGGACGCCCUGCAAGCCCUGCGUGCGCACCUGCCCCAUCUCGUCGACCGACUGGUGGGCCACUCCAUGGGCUCGGUACUGCUGCGCCGACCGUGGGACCCCGUGGCGCCGUUCCUGAGCCAGCACAAGCCCAAGCGACUGCCGUGCGCCCCCCUGCUGCUGGUGUGCUCCGGCGGGCCGCGGCCCCAGGUGCCCGGACUGCCCAAGUUCUGGAGCUCCCAGCUGUCGGUGCUUGGCAAGCUGGUGACCGUCGAGCCGACCAUCGCCGCUGGCCCCGGCGCCACGCUCAACCAGGUGCUCGAGGCUACGGUGGCCGCGGCGCGGGCUAAGGUGCUCGAGCUCCGCAGCAGCUUUUCUUCGCGUCCCAUCGUGCUCGUAGGCUGGAUGGUGGGUGGCCUGGUGGCCUGCCAGGUGUCCUUGUUCGAAUCGGUGGCGGCCGUGGUGUGCUUCGGCUUCCCGCUGGUCGGGCUGGGCGGACCGCGGGACGUGGACGACCCGGUGCUGGACAGCCACACGCCCACGCUUUUCGUGGUUGGCCAGAAUGCCCUGUCAUGCAGCAUGGACGAGCUGGAGAACUUCCGAGAGCAUAUGAAGGCCGUCUCGGGCCUGGUGGUCGUCGGGGGAGCCGACGAUGCGCUGCACAUGUGCGCCCUUAAGAAACGACUCGAGGGUGUCACGCAGUCAAUGGUGGAUCGGUGCAUCUUGGAUGAAGUUGGAGCAUUCCUACAGUGGGUGCUUAGUGCCCCCCUCAUGGGUCCCGCCGGAAGCAUGGCAACCACCGCACGACGGUGUUCGCCGGAAGUUGCCCGUCGUCAGGGCCGGCCAUUCUAUCACCCAACUAGCAGCUUGAACGUGGAGCCUGCCUUGAAAUCUAGCAUCGUGGCGACAAAGCGUGGCUCUGGCCGCCGCAUCGGCCGACCCCCCAAGCAGAUCAUCGAAAAAUCCAUGUUCAGUACUUUUGCAGCAUCCCUGAAAGAGCCCCUGCAUGGCAAACGUGCUCCAUCCUUGCAAAGUGACCCACCCCCUGACGUGCCACUCAGCCAAUCAAGUGAGGUUGACCUUAUGCCGACAUCCUCCCUUUGGUCGCAAUCCCUUAUUGCAGACCCUCAAAGCAGUCCCUGCUCUUCGCCAAUGUCCUCACCCCUGGGUCGAUUUCAACACAAGGACCUGAGCAACACGAUGCUGCCUGAUGAGGCAAGCCCAGCAACCAAAGAGGAAGGCAAAUUUGUCAGCUUGGCAGACGGUGGUGUACGCACAAGCCAGCUAGAGAAGCCACUGAGUCAAGCCACGACAACACAGGCAGCGUGCCAAAUGGUGUUGCCAGCCAGUGGUACCAUCUCCAUGGUUGUGACACCAACCAAGAUGGAACUGCUGUCAGGUCAUUCAGCGAGUGAGGCAACAAUGCAGCCAAGCAGUGCACUAGAAAUGCUGGCAGAGGCCUCAAGCAAUCACAGUGACACUGUGCAGGUCGGCAUCCGACAGAAAGCUUCUCUACCUUCAACAGCAGCAACAAGAACAAGAAAAGUUCGAAUGCCGCGCUUUUACGACAGCUAAAACAAACAUCUGGGUGUUAUUGUUUGUAGUGUAAGUUUGCCACAGUAAAACGAUAUCCCAUGUCAUACUACAACACAGUUGAUUCUUUUCAGCUCCAUCUAUUGGCGCGUAAAAUUGUUCUUCAGCUCGGCAUUCAACACAAGACAGUACACAAUGCAGGAAGCAGCACAACAGAUAAUCUUUUUUCUAGACUACUGCAGUACUUGGCACUAACACCAUUAUUCUUGAGUAAACACUUCCGUAUUCUUUAUUAAACAUUAAUAUUGUUUGUUAAUGAUUUUAUGAAGAUAGCAGUGGUGCCUCCCUUCGGUGCUAUUGUAGGUGUCAAUUUUGGAAUUAAAAUCUGGACAUCCAUCCCCGACAACUACUUAAGUAACAUUGAAGUAUGUUUUUAACAUGAUAGAGCUUGUUUCGUAGAAAUUCCGGUGUCUGUGAUUGCGGGCAAAAAAUAAUCUUUUCCGUGAUCAAAAAAUUAAUAGUGUAAUUGAGUAAUAAAAAAAUUAGGGAACCGUAAAUAUUAGCCUUUAGGAAUUGAACCCGAUAGUAA